ACGCCGUCCCAUCGUCUGGGCACCAUGGCCCGUCCGGCUCCGUCGUUUUCACCUGGCAACCUGCUCACCGGCCAGGGCUGGUUCCUCACGACCCCCAUGUACUACGGCAACUACUACCGCGGCCGCAUCCCGAUGGCUGGCGGCAGCUCGUACUACAUGCCGUCAGCCUACCUCAACAUCACCACCUUAUGCAUCACUUUCCAGCUCAUCAUGCUGGCCAGCAGCACGGCCCGCUCCUACCGCAAGAACUUCAUCGAUGUGUCGACCGACACCAGCGGCACCACCGCCAACCUGAUACUGGCUGGCUGGGACGCCCGGGUCACCUCCCAACAGCUGGCCGAGCUCAAACGGAACGGCAUCUACAGCUCCCUCCAGAAGAAGCUAAAGAAGAAGGAGGCGGCGGCGGAGGCGGCGGCGACUCCGGAGGACGAGGAGGCGGCAGCGCGCCGCCGCCGGGCCAGCCUCUACACGGCGCUGGGUCGCACGGCCAGCAACCUGCUGGUGCUGGGCGUGCUGGCCGCCAUCUCGGCCCUCACCUGGCUGGUCAUGAGCAUGGAUGCGAGUGAGGGACAGGAGGGCAACACGAUAUCUCUGUUGGCGUCGGCGCUCAUGAUCAGCAGCUCGAUGGCGUUGUUCCCGCUGCUCUUCCAGCUGCUCGGCCAGCUGGAAAACUUCACGCACGCGCGCGCCCUUAUGUUUAUCACGCUUAUCAGGAUGGUGGUGAUGGCCAUCAUCAUCCUCGGCACCAUCGUCAUCUACUGGGUGCACAAGGUCAACACGGAGGCGGCCGACAAGAGCCGGGUGCGCCAGCGGUGCUGGGAGGACCAGGUGGGCUCGGAGCUGUACCAGCUCAUGCUCGUGGACCUCAUCUUCACGCUGGUCGUCGAGAUCGGGCUGGAGGGCGUCAGGAAGCUCUCGUUCCAGAAAGGCCUGAUGUGGGCGGAGGAGCCGCACUUUGACAUUCCGCGCAGCACCAUGUUCCUGAUUUACGGCCAGACCCUGGUGUGGACGGGCACCUACUUCAGCCCCGUCCUCUCCCUCAUGGGCUCCCUCAAGCUCAUCAUCACCUUCUACGCUCGGAAGUGGUCGCUGGAGCACAACUGCCAGCCCCAGGCCCGCUCCGUUCGAGCCUCGCAGACCCAGACCGUGUUCCGGGUGGUGGCCUUCAUCGUCUGCUUCCUCGCCGCCUGCUUCACCGGCUACAUCAUCUUCAAUGUGCACCCUUCGGAGAAGUGCGGCCCGUUCCAGGGGCGAUCGGCGCCGUGGGUGGUCGUCAAUGACACGCUGAACAAGUGGCGGGACGAGGGCCACACGUUCGUGUACGGCCUGGCCGUCUGGUCCAACCGACCCGGUGUGGUGAUCGUCUGGAUGCUCGUGUUCAGUGUGGUGGCCUACUACCUACGCUCGCUGGCGCUGGCGCGCGAGGAGAUGAUCGUCCUACUGCGUGGUCAGCUCGCGCUGGAGGGACAGGACAAGGUGGUGCUGCUCCAGCUCAUCGACGAUGCCGCCAGCAGACUGGACGAAAUGAGGAAGGGCCAGCAGGAGGAGCCGGAGGAGGAGCUGCGCGUGCUGCUGGAGCCGGGGGAGGUGGCUGGCGACAGGCGCGAGUCUCUGCCGCCCGAGGCGCUGCUGGCCGAGGCUAGGCGUGCGACCGGCACCGGCAGGAAGCGCAUGGGGGUCAGCCCCGGCCGUACCAGCCACUCGGUCAGGCGACCCCAGCUCAAGCUCAGGACACGCCAGCAGGGCAAGGCCGCCAGGAGCUCGCUUUGGUCACAAUUCCAGGACUUCGUCCGAGAGUCUUCUGACGAGGCUUCGGAGUCGGACUCCAAUAUCAGCGGCUAAGUACUGGUCUCGCCACGGGCACCCCAGCAAGAAGUAAACAUGCUGACGCGAGCCGCAUCAGCUGACUUCGAACACCGUCAGCGGCCAUCCAAGGUCUUCGCAAUGCCUGCAGACAAAAUCUGGCGUUCCAGUACCCGGGCGAUUUUCAAGUACGAUGCCUGUUUAGUGUGACGUUGCGGGCUGAUCGCACGGUUGGCCGUCUGCGAUGACGUUUUCAGCGUGAAACAUCCGGCAGUAGUCAAACGUUCGAAUGCUCAGUUAAUAUCAUCAGAGUGUGCUGAGCGGCGUGCGUCGAAGGCAAGGACGAUUAGUGGAGGGCUUCUCACACAUCAGUGUGGUGCACUGAAUUUUACUGUACAAACGCUUCCAUUCGUAGAGGCAUGCGUCGUUACAUGCAUGCUGCGCGCGCCAUGGACUUUCAGUGGUUGUUCAGUUCGGUUCGCUCAUCUCGUGUUGCGUUGAACGGUUGCCAGUUUUCUGUUUCACAGUAUUGCUCGGGAUGUCAUGGCCGUGAUUUGAUGUUUUGUUUCGAGCUCGCUGUGCUGUGUCUGCCGCAUUCAUGUGCCAUUCUGCGUCACGUGCACAUUACCACCUAACUCCUGUGUUGUCUUAUAGGAGUCCUGCUUUGUUGCGGGGAGCUCCCGUUCAGGUGGUUGUUGUA